AACAGUGGGUAUAGAAAUAAACAAAAGCAAAUAUGCUGCAUUUAAUUAAAGCUUAAGAAAGCAUUUCAAACAGUGCUAAACUGCAUUCCUUAAUUAGCGCUUAGUGUUUUUAGUUGCGCUUUGUUUUAGCCAUGUCAAAAGUAGCGGGCACAGUGGCUACACUGCCUGGCGGAGGUGAACCGAGUUCUCCCGUCCAAAAGGUGUGGAAACCGGAACUGUAUAAAAUCCAAUUGGAUGCACCCGCACCGAAUCCGGUGCGUUGCCAACGCAUCUUGGAGGAUAACAAUCAGGCGGUGCGAUUAUACGGCAGUGAAUAUCACGGCCUGAUGGGACACCUAGAGGCGGAGCAGCUGCUGUCGAAUGCCAGCGAUGGCAGCUAUCUGGUGCGACGCAGUCCCAAAAGCGAUGGAUACUACACGCUGAGCGUGAGAUUCAACAAGCGGACAAAGCACUACAAGGUCUUUUACAAAACGGGUCCGGGACAAGGCCAUGGACACUACUUGCGGGAGCAGGACAAACACUAUGAGACGGUGCAUGAAAUGGUCGCCGACGGACUGAUCAACUUCCAUAUGCAGCUGCACGCCAGCCCCAUCAUACAGCAGAUCAAUCAGCAGACCAAAAACUGUUACCAACAGAGUCCCUACAUGACCCUCAAUCGUCGCAAGCUGCGCGCACUCUCCAACGAGAUGGGCAAGUCAUCUGUCUCCGCCUCUGUCUCGGUAGAUGAUUGUGAUGCAAACACGACGACUGUGGCAGACAUUCCUGUGGACAAUCCACUGAUUAGUCAGCAGGUGACGCAGCAACAGCUGCCACCACAGGAUCCCAUGCCGUUGGUCUAUGAGAAGCCGCACAAUUUCAAGGUGCACACCUUCAAGGGACUUAACUGGUGUGAGUUCUGCGCCAACUUCCUCUGGGGCUUCACGGCGCAGGGCGUCAAGUGUGAGGCAUGCGGCUUUAUGGCGCACAACAAGUGCUCGGAGCUGGUGCCGCCGAAGUGUGUGCCCGACCUGAAGUGCAUACGCGGUGUCUUUGGCACCGAUCUGACCACCAUGGUCCAGCUGCAUCAAUGCAACAUACCAUUUGUGGUGCGACGCUGUGUCGAGGAGGUCGAGGCACGUGGCAUGCUACAGGAGGGCAUCUAUCGGGUCUCUGGCUUUGCCGAUGAGAUCGAUGCACUCAAACUGGCGCUCGAUCGCGACGGCGACAAGACGGACAUGUCCGAGGCGGCCUAUGGCAAUGUCAAUGUCAUUGCCGGCACUCUCAAGCUGUAUCUGCGCCUGCUGCCCGUACCGCUCAUCACGUUCCAGGCGUAUCCCAGUUUUAUGACUGCAGGUCGCAACGCGAAGCAGACGGAACAGCUGCAGUUGAUGGCGGAGGCAGUGCGUCGAUUGCCGCCAGCUCAUUAUAGCUGCCUCCAAUACAUGCUGGAGCAUCUCAAGCGUGUUGCAUCACAUUACGCCGUCAACAAGAUGAAUGAGCACAAUUUGGCAACUGUGUUUGCGCCCACGCUGAUUGCCACGCCCCAGCAUAUGACGAAUCUCACGGAGGAGAUUUUCAUGCUCUCCUCGCUGAUCACGCAUUGCGAGACCAUCUUUGCCAGCUCCUCCUCCUCCUCGUCCACCUCCUAAAAGGGACAAUCGAAACCAGCAACAUUUCCCAGUGAGCGAGAUAGCAUCUAUAUCUCGCUCUCUCUCUAUUUAUGUUUGUGCACUCGCUUUCUCUUUCGAAUUCGUUAAGCACUAAAAGCAGCCCUUAAUUAGUCUUACAUUUUAUUGCCAAGCAUUUAUUAUUAUUAUUUAUUAUGGAAACAUUUUGCCGCAUUUUUGAUGCAUUCACCAAAAAUCUAGACUUAAGUUUAUUGCAAUGAACAUGAUUUGUAUUUAU